AACUGGACCCACCCACCACCACCACCACCCCUCCUAUUUUAGCAUGUUCAGAUUCUUUUUUUUUUUUUUUUUACUGCUACUGCUGUUCUUUGCUUUUCUGACCAAUUUCAUAUCGGAUCAAUUUGGGGAGCAAAAUUGGACCUCAGUAGCCUUUGGGGAGUAACACAGCCCUGCUACACCCAUUUUUCAAGUUAACUGUCCUUGACUAGCACAUACUCCUGGAUUUCUUACUUCUCCGUCCUGAAUAUAUAAACUAUGGAUAGAACGGAUCUCAUUCAGAAGGCCAAGCUGGCAGAGCAGGCUGAGCGCUACGACGACAUGGCAGAAUGUAUGAAGGAGGUAACUGAGAAAGGAGGCGAGCUGUCAAACGAGGAGAGGAACCUGCUCUCCGUCGCCUACAAAAACGUGGUUGGGGCGAGGCGGUCCGCAUGGAGGGUGUUGUCCAGCAUCGGACUCAAGACUGAGGGAAGCGAAAAGAAGCAGCAGAUGGUCAAGGAAUAUCGGGAGAAGGUGGAAAAGGAGCUGGAAGAGAUUUGCAACACUGUUUUGAAACUGCUGGAUAAUCAUUUAAUUGAGAACUCCACAAAUCCAGAGAGCAAAGUCUUCUAUCUAAAAAUGAAGGGGGACUACUAUAGAUACCUCGCUGAAGUUGCCUCCGGAGACGACAAAUCAAAGACCAUUGAAAACUCACAGCAAGCAUACCAGUCAGCUUUUGACAUCAGCAAGACCGAGAUGGACCCCACACAUCCCAUUCGUUUGGGCUUGGCACUUAACUUCUCAGUCUUCUACUAUGAGAUCCUCAACUCUCCAGAUAAAGCCUGCGAUCUGGCCAAAAAGGCAUUUGAUGACGCCAUUGCAGAGCUCGACCAGCUACACGAGGAGUCUUACAAAGACAGCACCCUUAUCAUGCAGCUCCUCAGAGACAACCUCACAUUAUGGACAUCAGACAACGCUCCGGAGGAGGGCGAGGGUGGAGAAGGAGAGGGCGGCGAGACUGAGAACUAAAGCACACACGCCCUGACAGAUUAUCUCCAAAAGCAACUUAAAAAAAAAAAAACUUUUUACAUAUUGGUCAUUCCUUUAUGCUCCAGUCAAACAUUCUACCAGUGAAUCUCAUGCCUGAAAAUUGUUGUUAGGAAAGAUAAAUAUAUAAAUAAUUAUAU